AUGGAUGAGCUACUACCAACUCUAAUUAACUUUCGCGUAAAUGAAGAGUUAAAAAACAGUAGUAAUAUAAGUGAUAGAUUAUUAUAUAAAGUUUGGAAUAAUAUAAUUUUAAGAAAAGAAAUUCAUAAAUAUAUUUUAAAGUUUAUUAAACAUAAUGAUGUAGAAUUUGAUAUAUCCCUUUAUGACCAGUUUAAAGAUAAAUCAUUUAUAACAGCAAUUAUGUGGCAUGGUGAUCAACUACCAGAUAAAAAUGAAUUUCCACCAUUUUUGACAAAUUUAUAUUUGGCCAGUUUUAAUAAAGAGUUAACUCCAAAAACUUUACCAAAUACAAUUACUAAUCUCAUACUCGGUGAUGAUUUUAACCAAAUAGUUCUACCCGGCUCAUUCCCAAAUACUCUCACAACACUCACAUUCGGUCAUGAUUUUAACCAAGUAAUUCCACCUGGCACAUUACCAAAUAGUCUCACAACACUCACAUUCGGUCGUAGUUUUAAAGUAGUUUUACCUGGCACAUUACCAAAUAGUCUCACAACACUCACAUUCGGUCAUAAAUUUAACCAAGUAAUUCUACCUGGCACAUUACCAAAUAGCCUCACAACACUCACAUUUGGUAAUCAUUUUAACCAAGCAAUUUCACCCGGCACAUUACCAAAUAGUCUCAAAACACUCACAUUCGGUAAUUAUUUUAAUCAGGUUCUACCCGACACAUUACCAAAUAGUCUCACAACACUCACAUUCGGUUAUAGAUUUAACCAGGUUCUACCCAGCACAUUACCAAAUAGUCUCACAACACUCACAUUCGGUAAUAAUUUUAAUCAGGUUCUACCCGGCACAUUACCAAAUAGUCUCACAACACUCACAUUCGGUUAUUGUUUUAACCAAGUAGUUCUACCCAGCACAUUACCAAAUAAUCUCACAACACUCACAUUCGGUUAUUGUUUUAACCAAGAAGUUCUACCCAGCACAUUGCCAAAUAGUCUCACAACACUCACAUUCGGUGAUGAUUUUAACCAAGUAGUUAUACCCGGCACAUUACCAAAUAAUCUCACAACACUCACAUUUGGUACUAGUUUUAACCAAGUACCUUCACCUGGCUCAUUUCCAGAUAGUCUCACAACACUAACAUUCGGUCGUGAAUUUAACCAAGUACUUACACCCGGAUCAUUACCUGAUAGUCUCCCAACACUCAUAUUCGGUGAUGGAUUUAACGAAGUACUUACACCCGGAUCAUUACCAGAUAGUCUCACAACACUCAUUUUCGGCGGUGAUUUUAACCAAGUACUUACACCCGGAUCAUUACCAGAUAGUCUCACAACACUCAUUUUCGGUGGUGAUUUUAACCAAGUACUUACACCCGGAUCAUUACCAGAUAGUCUCACAACACUCACAUUCGGCUAUGAUUUUAACCAAGUAAUUAAACCAAACUCAUUACCAAAUAAUCUCACAACACUCACAUUCGGUCAUAGUUUUGACCAAGUAAUUAAGCCAAGAUCAUUACCAAAUAUUCUAUUGACAAUCAAGUUUGGUCAUGAUUUUAACCAAGUACUUACACCCGGCUCAUUACCAGAUAGUCUCACAACACUCAUAUUCGGUGAUGGAUUUAACCAAGUACUUACACCAGGAGCAUUACCAAAUAGUCUCAUCAAAAUCACAUUCAGUCCUUAUUUUAACCAAGUACUUACACCCGGAUCAUUACCAAAUAGUCUCACAACACUCACAUUCAAUCCUUAUUUUAACCAAGUACUUACACCUGGCACAUUACCAGAUAGUCUCACAACACUCACAUUCGGUAGUGAAUUUAACCAAGUACUUACACCCGGAUCAUUACCUGAUAGUCUCACAACACUCAUAUUAGGUGAUGGAUUUAACCAAGUACUUACACCCGGAGCAUUACCAAAUAGUCUCACAACACUCACAUUCGGUGAUGAUUUUAACCAAGUAGUUAUACCCGGCACAUUACCAAAUAGUCUCACAACACUCACAUUCGGUCAUGAAUUUAAACAAGAAGUUCCACCCGGCACAUUACCAAAUAGUCUCACAACACUCACUUUCGGUAAUGACAUUAACCAAGUAGAUCUACCCGGCACAUUACCUAUUGGUUACAUUCUUGCUGAACGACAUACCAAAUAUUUCAACUCUUUUAAGUAA